GCUUUUUUUCACUUCCCAGGGCAAAGAGGAGGCUCAACCCCCCCCCAAAAAAAAACCCUUUGCAAAGGAGUCUGGAGGAGAAGGCGGCAGACAUAUUUUCUCCCUUCCCCACCUCUCCUUUUUAAAGGAUCCUUUAUUUAAUUCCCAGUCUUCUUUUUUGCAAGCCCUCCUUUUGCAAUGCAGCUUUUGCUUCUCCUCUUUGCCUUCCUUUCUUAGGAGCUUCCAUGAUGAGGCCCUGAAGAAGCAAAAGGGGGAGAUUCGUGUUUUUUUUUGGAGGGGGGAAUCUUUUGCUUUGGGGUCUGUCUCCUUUUUGGCAAGGAUUUUAGGAACUCAACAGUUCCCCUGGUUGGGUUCUUUCUUUCUUUCAUUCCUUCCUUCCUUUCUUUCUUUUGUAUCCGCUCCACCCGCAUUUUUUUUAGGAAUUCCUUUAGCAUCGCCUUUGCUUCCUAUCUUUAAAAAAUCUUUGCAAUUUUAAUGUGUGUGUGUGUGUGUGUGUGUGUGCAAAGAGAUUGCAAGGUUUUGGGUGACUUUGAGUUGUAAUUUUUAAUUUUUUUACUAAGAGAUUGCAAAGGUUUGGGCGGCUUAAAAUCUGAUUUUUUUUGCUACACACGGAUUGCAAAGAUUUCGGCGACUUAAAUUGCAGUUUUGGGUGUUGUGUGUGUGUGUUUUUACAAAGAGACGGCAAGGUUUGGAUGCCUGAAGUUUUAAUGAUAUUUUUUUUUUGGUGCAAAGAAACUGCAAGGUUUGGAUGCCUGAGAUUGCAAUUCUUUUCGAUGCCAAGGGACUGCACGCUUUGGGGUGACUUCGGAAAAAGAGAAAUCCAGUAACUGGAAACCUUUUAGUUUGAUUUUUUGGGUGAAUCCCAAGGAAGUGAUCCCCUCCAUUUCCACCCCAAAAAUAAAAAGGAGCGCAGGGGGUCCCAAAACCGAGGAGAGGGAGGGAGGGAAAGAUCCAGCUUUUUCCUCUUGCCAUGGGAGAACUUUGGAGCCAAAGCCCAAGGACUUGGACACCUGUUCCAGUUAUAUUUAUGAACUUUUCUGUUCUGAAGCUGCUGAAUAUCUUUGGUAGAACUGUACCUAUGUAACUAUAAUUCUUCAGUGUUGUGAACUUUGAAGGAUGUCUCCAUUAAACCACAAGAACGUAGCUGAAUGUAAGACAGAAGUGCUCUACCAUGCCUGGAAAGGACAGCUCUUCAUUCAGGAUCAGCAAGUAUGUGACAUUGUUCUCCAGUCACCUUCUAGUAUUUCCAUCCCAGCACAACUGCCGGCAAAACUAGAGAUGCAACAUGCUGUGGGUGUAUCUGAAUUGAGAAAAAAAUUACCGGAGGCAGCAUUUAGAAGAAAAAAUUAUUCAGACCAACAAGUCAGAUACCAAGAGACUUUAUUCUGUUUAUACAAAGUGGAAAUAUUAAAUCAAAAUGAACUGAAAGCGGAACAACUAAUAGAAAGCUUGAAAGAAAAAAAGCUGGCACUUGUGAAAUAUCUAAAUGACCAGGGGGCUCUCAUCUUACUCCCCUCAUCUUCCUUUGUAAAUGAAAAAGAUGCUGCUCUAGAUGAACCUUCAUGUCUUCAGGCCUUGUUUCUAAUUUCCUCAGCAGGGCCACAGUGUUCCACAGCAAAAGACCAGAAAUCUGAACACAGGGACAAUGAAAGAUCUUUGCAAGUCACUUUGGUUCUGCCAGGCCUUCGCCAUGCCUUGCUGGAAGCUGCUAAACAUCCAGACAGAGGACCUCCUCGUGGCGCUUGGGUUAAGCGGCAGAUGCGAGAAUUUGCAAAGCGAUGUAAGAAUUUGCAUUCGGUUUCUGACCAUCUUGACAGCCUACCUGUCUCUUUUGAUAUCUUUUCAAAGAAGUCUGACCUUGACACUCUUUCUGAAAAGUUUCCCCAGAACUCCUUUGCCCACUUGCAGUUUUAUUUGUUGCACCCUCAAAACUAUUCAUUGGAAAUGUCAGCAGCUGUCGCUUCCUUGGAUCCCAGUUCUCAGUCUCCCAGCUGCAGAAGUAAUGCACAGGAUCCUGACAGUUCUUCUGGAUUAAAUGUGGACCCAUUGCCUCCUGAGGCUUCUGAACCUUCUACCAGGCCUCGCCGUGCUGUGCAGUUGAAUCUACACAGCAAAAAUGCUGCAGCAAAGACCAGCCAAGCGAGCGACCGCCCUUUGCAACGGUGGAAGAGAAAAUCCAGCAGACUCCUGGGGGCAAGCACACGAAAGAUGUGGUCCCCCAUGAAGCCUGUGAACAUCUUGGAGAAGAGCAAAACUAGGAGGUUGUCCAAGAAGAAGAAAAAGAGUCCUUCUCCCUCUUCUUCUAACACACCAGAAUCUCCAGAAGAUUCAAACCAACUCACACUUCAAUUAAAAAAUCUCCAAUAUCCACUAAGGAGGAAGAGGGGUGCCGAGGUUUUGUCGGCAGAAUUCGUGCAAGGAACAAGGUGUGAGUCACCUGUCAAAGCCACAUCCCCUUCGGAAAGUCUUGCUGUGAUGGGAAAAAAGCAGCGGCUCUUGAGACCCAGAAAGGAUGAAGAAAAGGCCAAAACUGAGGAUCAAGUGGAGACGAGGAGGCCCAUCACAAGACAAAGCACCCAGCGUAGUAUGAGUGAAAAUGCCUUGGAAGCCCAGAAGGAGGCUAGUGAGAAGAGUGACCUUGAGAGUGAGAAAACCACUACUCAGGAUUCUGAAUCUUUGGAGAAAAAGGAUAAAUGCGACUCCCAUGCCUUGAACAUGUUGGCUGAUCUUGCACUGGGUAAUUCUCCAAUGUCCAGCGAUAGCAGUCAAGCCUCUUCAACUGGCAUUCCAUUGCAGGAAUGCUGUCAUCCGCAAGAUGGGAAGAUUUUGCCCAAGACUUCAGACCAUGAAUAUCACAGAGCCAUGAAAAAACUGGAAAGUGCUUCCCUUUCUGGCAAAGUUUCCCAACAUUCUCUUUUGUCUCCUGGAGAAGGUGAUCUAAGCCCAGAAUUGCCUUCAAGUUCUCAAGAGAGAACCUGCACAAGUUCAAGACAAAAGGGGAACAAGAAACCUGGUUCAGCAAAGUCCCAGGCAGUGCUUCCAGGAGAAGCUGCUGAUAUUUUGGAUCCAAACAUUCACACUCACGACAUUUCUGCAGAACAUUCAUACGCCUCUUCAGCAUUAGAGUCGUCAAAAAAAGGAGUGCCACAUUCUCCUGAUUUAAAGAAUGGGGUGAAGUAUGUGAAAUCUGGGGCCUUAUUGCCUCCCGGAAAAGUGUUACCUUUCCGGCAUCAGCUGACUGUUUGCCAUCAACAGAAACAGUUGAAGAACAAUGUGCAGAUUAUGACUGGAAGGUUAAAGGAAGACUUCUCCAAAUCCCACGAAGUGACCCUUCGUGACAGAACUGUUAAAGUGACUUUCCAGUGGGAGCCGGACUACCUUUUCACUUUAGAUAGCAAAUAUACAAACAAUUCCUUAGAGAAAACAGUUGUUCGAGCUGUGCAUGGGCCCUGGGAUGUCAGUCUAUCUGAUGGCAUCGAAGAAAUGAAGCUCAUACUUCACAUGUGGGUAGCUCUGUUUCACAGCAAGCCGUUUAAAUCCCCUACUGUAAGGACAGUGGUCGAGCACAGCAACCCUGCCAAAUACGUCUCUCUGAACCGUAUUAUAGAUCCUUUGGAACUUGUGGACAAUUCCGAGGGUGCGUACAGUUUGGAGAAAUGCCCUGCAGAUUCUAUUUCUGAGGCUACCCAGAUAUCCAGCAGAGUUGAAGAGAGAGCAAUUUCUCUCUCUGACAAACCCCUCUCUUGUAACGAACUGUCUUCAACAAAUUGCAUAGAGGAUGAGCUUCAGCCCACGAAUCCCAAGGAACCCAAUGAUCUGCUUCCUAAAAGAGAAGUUCUCCAGACCAUUGCCAGUAGUUGUGAGGAUGCAGUUCCUCCUUUGGUUGAGGUGGCUGAUGGGAAACUUGAAGGAGAGUUUCGGCUGGAUCCUGGCAUCCCUGUUGAGACCCUACAUGGAAACGCAUUGGGUGAAUCCAGUGAUGACAGUGCAAAGCAUUGGAAGUUGAGAGCAGAUGCAAAAACAGAAUCAAGUGAAGCGGUUAACUUAAGUGAAAUUUCCCAAAGUGAUGCUACUCCUGUAAACACCAAACUCCCAGACAAUUCAGGCAAACAGCACGUGAAAAACACUGCAGCUUCAGCUUCAGCGGAGAGUCUGGAAACAAGCAGUGCUUCUCUUGCAGAGGAGAAGAGGGAGAGCCACCGGAUUGGUGGAGUUGAGUUGCUACGUACUUCUGAAACAGCAUGGUUAGAAGCCAGUGCUCAAGAAGAUGGUGGUCUACAUUGUGAAGAAGUGAUAAAGUCACAGGAUCUUCCCAUGGAUGAGGAAGAUGGAAAUGAAGAGAGUGUGGAGUGGGAAUCGAUUGAUCUAGCUCUUUCAGACAGCAAUGAUACAGACGAGGAAUCCCGUGAUGUAGACCUGGAUCAAGAGGGAACUGAGGAAAUUGGUAUGGCAGAAGAAGGAGAAACAGGCCGCAUGGGUGGCAUGGCAUUACCAGCUGAGAGCCUACUUUUUCCUGUAAUAACAUCAGCUACAGUUUCUGAGUAUCAGAUGGACUUGCCCAACACUAAAGACGAUUCUGUAGUAUCACCUGCAAAUUCAACAUCUCUACAUCAAAAGAAUUUGGUUGAGGGUUUCUGCCUAUUACAUGAAGAUAUAGCACAAGACAGAGUGGAUUCAGUUCCUCCCCAGGCUAGCUCUGUUCAAGAUGAAAAAGUGGAAUUAUCAACAACUGAAGACACUGCUAUAUCUACCAGUCAAAUGGAUGUGGGUGAAAACUCUUUUAUUUCAUGGGAAAAUAAAGGGAUUAAGUCGGCAUAUUCUGCUUCUACACAUGAUUCUGAAUUGCUCCAAGCAGAAAAGGAUUUGGCAACUCAAGGGGAGUUGGAGAAAAAACCCUUGUUUCCAAACCCAGAUGAUUUAACUGAUAUUUCCUGUGAUUCCAUGGAAGAGAAAGAUCUCAGUCAGUCUAAUUCAGUUUCAGUACAGGCUACUCUUGAUGCAGCUGUAGAGUUCCUAGGGGACCAGGAAGUCUCAACAGAGCCAACCAAGCAUCACAUAUUCCUAAAUCGAAUGGAUUUGAUUGAAGAUAUUUCCCAGGAUGACAUUCACCUUGCAGAUUCAGUUGCCUUCCAAACCUCUGAAGGGUGCCAAGUACAGAACAGCCUAUUAACUCAAAGAGAAGCUACAGGAAACCAAGGCAGGUCUCUUCUAUUAGUUCAAAAUCUUGCACCUACAAAAGAAAUGGUUUUGAUACAAGGUUCCUGUGCUCCCCAGAAAGAGGAAGGAACCCCCUUAGUUAGUACAGCUCAAUUUCCAGAUGGUCCUGUGCAUCAAACAUCUCACGAAACAACAGAAUUGGUAAGGAACCAGGAAGACUCUUCUACCUCUGCCAGAACAACAGCACUUCCAGAGCCAAUGGAUUUGGCUGAAAACACCUGCAUUUCCCAGGAGAAGAAAGCAUGCCACCUGGCUGACACAGUUCCACUGAAAGCUAAUGAAGCCAUUCAAAUACAGCAAAGUACAGACAUCUUAGAGGAACAGAAUACCAGGCAACGCUUCAAGGCAGAUAACUGGAAAUUUCACUUGAACUCUGAAGAUCAAAAAUGCUGUGUUAAAAAUGAGAAUAUUGGAGCGACUUCGGCCAUUCGAGAUGUCACAUCUGAUGAGAAAAUAAACCAGAUAUCUCUUACCAUUUCUGAAGAUGUCAAAUCUGUCCUUUGUGAGUUGAUAGAUGCUGUGAGUGCCAGGAGUGAAGAGAGUGAGGAAACCUGUGCUCAAGAGACCUCAAGCUUAAAUGGGAUUAGUUCUUCAACUCUGGAGUAUGUGACUCCUCCUGACAGCGAAGAAGAGAAUACUACAACUGACCAGUUUGCUCGUACUGACCAAAGAUGGAUGGUUAAUGAAAAUUUAGAGCAGUGUAGGAUCUUUGCUCACCAGGAUACAGCUACUUCACAAGAACAAGAGGUGUGUCAUUCAGCACUGCAUGAAAACACGAGGUAUGAUCAAAUGAAUACAUUUGAAAAAAGGACUCCUCAAGAGAAUGAGCCUGCUUCUUCUGCACUAGAUGCUCUUCCGAGUUCUUCUUGCAUAGAUUGGCCAACAACAAGCACAACAAGCUUAUUGUACAAAUCCCCUUCGGUCAGUUUAGCUAACCCAAGAGAUGAUAAUUCCAUUGCUUCUGUGUUGUGUGAAACAGAAGUAGGACAAACUAGCCACAGAGCAUCCAUGUCUGAAGGGGAAGACCAGCUCAGUGAGGCAUUUGCUAAAGCUAGGGAUCUUUGUUGUACGAGGACUUUUCACUCUUCCCACAGGCAUGAAAGUUUUACAGGAGGGUUGGGACUAAUAAACUCCUUGAAUAAGACUUGGAGUGGCCCCACCCAAAGCACUCUAGAUAUGGAGUGUUUACGUUUUUAUUAUAGAGUAAAAGAAGUCCUCAGAAAACCACAACCUCCUACCUCCUCUGCAAAAGAGUUGUCACUCCCGGUAAAAGGCGAAGCGUUACCAUUGAGAAAGGUACCUGAAAUGCCUCUUUUAAACCCACCACUCAGGAGCAGAAGUCCUCUUCUGAUAACUAUUGUGAACCCAGGCCCAAGACAUGGCAUUUUACAUGAAUACCCAAGAAGAAGCCAAUACAGUGACACCUUUGAACCACCUCCUCUCACUUCCUCACAGGAGUCACUUGCCAGAGCUGCUAGAUACAAAAAUCAUGGGCAAGACCCAGUUGUUCCUUUUCACCUCAACAAACUAAAUUACAAGAAUAAGCUAAAAGAUUCCCGAGGGGAUAUCUCUGUCAUCAUGGAUGAAUUUGCAGAGUUCAGCAGGGUGAUGACGUUGGAUGACAGGCCAAGUAACCAAGGACGAGAACCAAAUACUACCACAGAAGACGCUCCAGAGAACAGAGUCCCUUCUUUGCCCAGGAGGACAGCUUCCUAUGAACAUCUCUUCACUGAACUGUGGAGCACAGUACAUACCAGACUUAAAAAUGUUGUCCAGGAGGCUUGCAAAAAAACUUAUGCAUUCUACCUGAUGGAAACAGAUGACGAUCCUUUCUUUGGGAGAGUAAAGAAUUUGCUGAAAAAAGCGGGACAUACAGAAACAGAGCCUCUGCUUUUUUGUAAGGCGAACCACUUGGAAACAGAGAGGCUGAUGGUCAUCAUUAGAAACGAGGACAUAUUUCCACACAUUCAUAAGAUUCCUUGCUUACUGAGGCUGAAGCGCUUUCCCAAUGUGACUUUUGCGGGAGUUGACAGUCCUGAGGACAUCCUGGAGCACACCUACCAAGAGCUCUUCCAAGGAGGAGGCUUCGUGGUGUCUGAUGACAAAGUGCUUGAGAUGAUGACUAUCGGGGAGCUGAAGGAAAUGGUCAAAACCUUAGAGACGCUCAAUGGACAUGGGAGGUGGAGAUGGCUCCUUCACUACAAAGAGGUGAAGAAACUCAGAGAGGAUGCAAGAGAAAAUUCUGCUGCCCAUGCCAAGGAAUCACUCCUGAAAUCCUGCCAGGGGGCCAAUAUUACUGAAGCUCUUCACUAUCAUCAGUGUGACUCCAAGGCUGUCUUGAGAUCUGAGCAUGUGAAUUGCUUGUUGAAUUUACAGGUUCAGCACAUCAGCCAGAGGUUUGCUGUGUUUAUCACAGAAAAGCUCAGCACUAACCGAGAGGCCUUGGAGAACAAGGGGAUCCUGGCACUGGAUGUAAAUACUUUCCUUACAACAGCAGAAGAUAUAGCAGUGCCGUUUAGAAGCAGCAGCAGCUAUUGAUACCCAGGAUGGAUGGCGUUUGAACUCUCUGUGAUCCUGGAGUACAACAAACUGCUUUUCUGUUCCAUUUUCUUAAAAUCCUUGGAGACACACCAUUUCCCAAAUAUGCACAAUAAAGGCUGCGCACGCAGCCCCCCAUGGGAUGUGUUUCUUUUAAAAUCCCCUCUUUCCUUGAAUGGAACGGCAACCGUUUUGUUUAAGAGCUGCAGAGAAGCGUUCUCAUUAUUUAACCACCAUGUGGAACAUCACAAGGAAAAUGUUAAUUAUAUAGAUAGAUUUGGUUUGUUAUCACUUGUCUUUGCAUAGAAGUAUGCAUUUUAAUUAUCCGAUUGCACAGUUACAUUAGAACUAUCAUAGGAAGAAAAAGCCUGUUUACUUGAAGGUUUUAGGCAUCAGUCCAUUUAAGCUGAGUUUUGUUUUUCAGAGACAGUACUUCUUGGGCCUACUGAGGCUGGGCUUUUUCCUGCUGAAGCAUUCACCACCAAACUAUUGUAUAGCUCCCUGUUCCUCUGAGCAGUUUGGGCAGGAUGACGCCUCAAUGGACUUGAAUAGGGUACUUGAAUCAUAAGCAUCUUAGGGUCUGGCGUUUUUGGUUUUUGUAUAGCCAUCUGAGGUUACUGUGAAAUUAAUUUUACUUUAUUUCCUUGUUUUGCAGAAGCCUACUAUUAAUGAAUGAGUAGAAUUAUUUACCCCCGUCCCCUUUGUAGAUAGCAUGGUUUGAAUCCUGGAAUAAGACCUCCUGUCUUUUUAAUGGUCUAUGUUAUUUGCAGUGAAGAGUUUAAACUAAAAUUACUGCAUUAAUAAACAUUGUAAGAAAGGUGUAUCCUCUUUGGAGAUUUUUUUUUUUUUUGUAACUAACCUUUAUAAAUAAAACUGACUCAACACGUUUUUUUAGCCUGA